CCGGCGUUCGGUCAGUCGCGUUCGGGGGUGGCUCGUGUCGACACGUCGUCGCGUCGCGUGACGUAACGUAACGUUUACGUUUACGCCGGUCGAGAGAUGCGCUCCUCUCGCGGUGGUGGCGCGGACGCGGGUUCGUCGUGAUUACGCGCUCUCGGCACGUGGCCGAGGCGAUGGUGAGGGUGUGCACGGUAAACUGAAAGGUGGUGCGAAAGAUUACGGGGAGAUAUGACGUGUUCGAGGACGCGAGCCGAUUUUCCGUUUCGUCGCGAAUAGCGUGAAGUUGUCGCGAAAGAGCCGGAAGUGAGACAGUGGGAACGCUGCUAUCUUCUCGAGGGAUCGAGGACUCGCGACAGCUUUCAGGUUCCUCGUUUACGUCACGAAUAGCGUGAAGUUGCCGCGAAAGAGAAGAGAGAAAGUGGCAGCGGUGCUACUUUACUCUCGAAGGAUCGAGGCGUUCGUGAAGAACUUUGACGACGAAGGGUCGCAGGAUGACGCGUCCUCCGGGAAGAUAAGGUGCACGAAAUAAGAGCGUUCGGUGAUCGGCCGCGAGACAAGGCCGACGAACCGACGCUGACAAGGGUCGCCGCCACCGCGGCGAAUCGUCAACGAGAAACCACCCGAGAAAGCCGUGCCAGGGGACAUCCAUUUGUGUGAGGAACCGGCCGUUUCGUCAUUUGAUCGCCACCGCAUCAUCAACAUCAUCAUCGAUGUGAAUAUAUAUUGGGACAGAGAGAGAAAGCAGUGAUAUCGCUCAAGGAUUAUUGCGGCCGAGCGACGCGAUGCGACGUCGCGUCGCUCGUCGAUGCCUCGUCGGUGACAGCCAGGUGGAGGGUGUCGUCGUCAUCGCCGACGCGUCGUUCGCCGACCGAGGAUGGACAAGGCAAAGCGAAGCGAUAACAAGCAGAGUCACCGUCAUUGUCAGUGCGUUCGUCGGCGCGCCGCGCGACGCCGACGUCGGCGUCGUCGGCUGUCGUCGUCGAUCACUUCCCACGAUCGUCGGACGAAUCGGGCGACACCGAGCAUUCGCGCGGUGAUUCGCGUGUGAAGUGGACUCGCGGUCGCCGGCUUGUUGGAUGGAAGACGACGACGACGAAGGCGGCGACGACGAAGACGCGACGAGAGAUGCCUGGUAUCGUGGUGUUCCGACGACGCUGGAGCGUCGGCAGCGACGACCUCGUCGUGCCCGGCGCUUUCCUGUUCAUCGUGCAUCUUAUUUGGCUGACGGUGCUGGGAGUUCUACUGGGGAUCAUCGAAUGGGAUCGUAGCGUUCCCUGCAUUCUUCUCCUGUGGCAGUACAUGAUCGGAUACGAGGGCCUCUUCGUGAUCUGCAUAGCCGUGGAAUUUUUCAUCUGCUUUCUGGCGACGAGGGGCAGCAUCCUGGACACUACAGCGAGGGCGCCGAUGCAAUACUUCCUUUACUUCCGGUUGUUCUUGGUGCUGGUGGAGACCGGAUGGCUGUGCGCAGGUGUUACUUGGUUAGCUCGUUAUUAUCAAACCUGUCGAGUGGACCAAGCUAAAGAAGUCAUGUUAGGUUUGGUGAUAUCGAACUGGUGCCUGCUGGCGUUGAUGAUGGUGACUAUCUGGUGCACGUACGACGCCGCCGGCAGGUCCUGGGUGAAGAUGAAGAAGUAUCAGCGCAGCAUGAGGGAGGCGGAGUCGAGAGGGGCCAGAUUGCACUACAAACGCAGCGGCAGCAGGAACCGAAAUUGGCGACAACGAAAAGUUAUACGCGCCUACCAGGACAGCUGGGACAAUAGGUGCAGGCUGCUCUUCUGUUGCAUGGGUAAUUCAGAUCGCAAUCGAAACUCGUUCGCCGACAUCGCCCGGCUGCUAAGCGACUUCUUCCGCGAUCUGGACGUGGUGCCCUCGGACGUGGUGGCCGGUCUGGUGCUGCUCAGGAAGUUCCAGAAGGUCGAGCGCGAGCUGAUAGUGAAGCAACGCAAGAACGACACGUACGAGUUCCUGUCGGGAGUGCCGGUCACGCCGCGCACUAAGUUUCUGUCCCUCACCGAGGACGGCGACCUGGGCCACUUUCAGUUGGCCAUCCACUACAUGCACUUUGCUCUCGCUGCCUACGGUUGGCCCAUGUUCCUCGUCGAUCCCUCCACCGAGCUCUGCCAGUUGUGCACCAGAUUGCAAUGCUGCUGCUUCCCAUGCGGCUCCCGUCACGAGGACGAGGCGACGAUCGUCGAGGACAAUUGUUGCCGGUGCAAUUACGCCGCCCUGAGCAGAAUGCUCGACCUGGGGGAGAUCGAGGUCGUCUACGCGACCUUCCACGUCGACGUCGGCGAGACACCGUUCUUCGUCGCGCUCGAUUAUACGAAGAGAAAGAUUGUAGUCAGUAUACGAGGGACUCUAAGCAUGAAAGACGUGCUAACGGACCUGAACGCCGAAGGCGAGGUACUGCCUUUGUCGCCACCGAGGGAGGACUGGUUCGGCCACAAGGGGAUGGUACAGGCUGCCGAAUACAUACGCAAGAAGUUACAGGAAGAGGAUAUCAUAGCGCGUGCUCGCGCCAAGGAUCCUUCCAGGAGCACGCACCAGUUCGGAUUAACACUGGUGGGUCAUUCGUUGGGCGCCGGGACGGCGGCGAUUCUCGCGAUCCUGCUGAAACAGGAUUACCCGGACCUAGUGUGCUUCUCCUUCGGGCCACCUGGUGGACUGCUCAGCAUGCCUGCCCAGCAAUACAGUCAGGAAUUCAUCACGUCCGUCGUGGUGGGCAAGGACGUCGUACCGAGGAUCGGACUCCGGCAGAUGGAGAGUCUGAGAGCUGAUCUUAUCAACGCUAUAAAGAGGAGCGUCGACCCGAAAUGGAAGACGAUCGCGUGCUCGGUGAUGUGCUGCGGCUGCGGCUCGACGCCCACGUCGGCGGCGAAUAUGGAGGCCGGCGGUUGCAUCAGCGAAUACCAGCGGGACAAGGAUCGGGCGCGAGCUCAGACAGUCGUCCCUAGCGACUCCAGCAUCGCCCUGACCCUACACAGACCCCUAUACCCGCCGGGACGAAUUAUACACGUGGUGCGACAUCAUCCGAACAAGGGCGAGCAGAAGUAUGAGACGAGUUGGAGGCAAAUGUUGAGCAAACGCGAGCCGGUGUACCAGGCGCUGUGGGCCGGGCCGUGCGACUUCGACGAGGUGCUGAUCAGCCCGGUGAUGAUACAGGACCACAUGCCGGACAACAUGCUGCGCGCACUAAACAAGGUUGUCACGACCCUGGGCCCGGCCAAGCCGCAGCGACUAGCGUCCGGACACGCGUCCUCGACGGAGGCGUCGUCGGAGGCCGCGCGCGAGCACCAGACGAUGCUGGACAUUCAGGAGCUGGAGGUCCAGGAGCAGGAGAUGCGGGCCCUGCUGUCGCCCUCCAGCCCGAGCAGGUGUCACCUCCUGGCCGGGACGCCGCCGCACCGGCUCUGUCUGGAGACGAGCUUCACGUCGCUGCAGAGCCCCACGGACAUUCCCCAGGCGGGUCGCGAACUCAGCGUGGACUCACGGGGCAUUCCCUGGGAAUACAUCAGCCUCGCCAGCGAGCUGCUACACACCCCCAGGCCGGAGGACGGCAAACCAAGACCGACUCGUUGGGACGAUCCGACGCGCACUGCACCCUUGGCCACCCCGGAGACGCUGUCGGAGGCGUCGACGAGCAACCCUCCUUCGCCGGUGCCGGCGCCCAGGCCGAUGCGACGCACCCCCAAGAUCCCGGGAAACUUGUCGACGGCGGCGGACGAUCUCAAGAACAAUCUGCACUACGCGAUGCUCUCAGCGAAGAACUAUUUCCUGAGGUCGACGGGGGAGCACGCAGGGGGCAGCAACAACGGCAGCAGCAGCGGUAACAGCGAGGCGAGCUACGAGAGCGCCAAAAGUCUGACCGCAGCCGGUCUUCCGCCGCCGGUUCCUAGACGACGAGAUUCCGUCAUCGUUAGAAGAGAACAACGAACGUGUACAGCAGCGUGCUGCAGGGACGAUCUGUCGGAGAACUCGUCGACCCGCACGUCGUCGCACUCUUCGAGAGUCUCGCACACAUCUCAUCACGUUCAGGUGGAAUUCAACGAGGAGGAGAACGACACCAAUGGCUCCAGCCUGGACUUUUACGAAGCGAAGGGUUCCUCUGGCCAGCGCGACAGUAGCAACGACGUUUUUCUCAGCGUGCGCAGUUCACCAGAGUGCAAAGGACUCAUGGCACCGGCUACAGAUUUAGGCGCCGAGUGGAAAAAGGGGAUCGAUGCCAGUGGCGACGCCUCGUUACCUCUUCUCCGGGGUUUGUCGCCCACGCCGACCCCUGGCCAGCACAAUUCGCCCUUCUUCAACGCUAAGCGGAAGAAAUACGUGUAUCCCAUCACAUUGGUGGGACGUGGCGAAAGCAGCGUCUAGUCAUAGUGUCUAAAAGAUUUUUGCUCGACAAAGAAUCGCUGAUCGAACUCGAGAAAAUAAAAUAAAAGACUUGGUGUGGUCUGAUCUUCCUUGAUUCGAAAGGAAGAAUGAUUGCAAAAAAAGUACUUUAACCAGACGAACUGAAAUAAAUCCACUCGAGGACCACAGAACAUCUUUAAUAAUAAUAAUACUAGUGGUCGAGAAUCGACAUUUGGAUACAUGUGCCAAAUCUCCCUAUUCUUUUUCUCCUAUUUCUUUUUUAACGUACGAAUUUCUCAGGUAGCGAUCUACUCAAAGUUCAAAAAACGUGUAAAAGUUAAAUGUCGUCUAAAAUAUUUCUUACGCAGAGGGAUUGUCUAGAUUAUCUUUAUUUCAACAGGUUCAGAUAUUACUCACUUUCCUGUCCUGAUACAUAUGAAUGUUUCAACCAGAUAUUACUAAUUCAUAUUUUAUUCGUACUUUAAACACGAAUAUAUAAAUGUAUUCGUGUGUACUCCUAUAAGCAUACAUACGUAUGUCAAUUUAGCUAUUGUUUUAAUAAUGCGAUUAAAAUAUAUAACAAAUUGAACAUAAUUGUAGACACACUAUAGAAUCAUUUGUCUUUUAGGAGUUUUAGUUUCGUAUACUGUUACUAUAUAAUAAAAUCUACUUCGAUUUGAAAAAUAUCAAAAAAGAAAAUAUGUAUCUCUGCGACUAACUACGAAAUCUAGUCAAGAUUAAAACUUGUACUGCACAUGGCAGCAGCGGCCUACUCCGCAUCGAUAUUAUUUGUUAAGAAUAUAGUAGAGGAAUUAUUGAUUUUUAUACAUUUCUAAAAUAUAUGAAUUCGUCAAAUAAGGAAUCUCAUCUAUGUUCCGUUUCGAUCUUUUGAUAUAUAUAUAUAUAUAUAAUUUAUACUGUUCUUAUAGUUUGUUAGAACAUACUCUAACAUAACAAAUUAAUCAAUGAUACUUUUCUAUUUAUUUUUCGAAUUACUUUAAUGAUAAUACAUAUAUAAUGUGAAUGAAGAAAUAUUUCGAGAAAUGUUAUCACUAUUGUCACGAUAAAGUUGGAAGAAAUAAAACGGUCGAGUACAUGACUUUUAUGAAAAUACUUUUAAAAGUCAAUUUCGACGUUGCGUUGUACUUAUGUAAAAAAAAAAAGAAAAGUAGUCCCACCAGGUAGCAUUUAAUUCUAGACAGUAUAACUUAUAUUUAGAAAAUCUAAUAUUUAUUGACACUUCUUGUAAUAUAUAUAAAUAUAUUUAUAUAGUGUCCCUUUAGAAGAAACUCGCAGAACAUAGAGUUGAUUUUAAUGUAAUAAAAUUAUAAGAAAUAAACAAUGGUGAAAGAAA